AUAUCACUUUCAAAUUAUGCUGUUUCUUAUCUUAUAUGAAUCAUAAAUGCCGUCGAAUCCUUUCUCACUCCACACCCACAUCCACAUAUAUUCAAACUCAAUAAUCUAAACUGGAUAUAUAUGUAUUAUUAUGUUACAUACCAAAUCUAGAAAUAAAAAUAAAAAUAAAAUUAAAAAAAAAAGUUUGUAGAGAGACGUCGAAAUGAAUCAAUGCGCCCGACCUAAAUCAUCCAAUUCUUUCGCUACAGAUGCGCCCUCAUUGGACUACGAAGUGGCGGAGCUAACAUGGGAAAACGGGCAUCUCGCCGCGUACGGCCUCGGCGCGCCGCGCGCGGCGAGCAAGCACGCCGUCGGCGGCGCGUGGGAAGAUCCAUGCGCCGCCGACACGCUGGAGUCCAUAGUCGACCAAGCCACCUGCCUCCCCCACGCCAAAUCCGCGGCGGGGAAGCUGGUGCCUUGGCUCGACCACGGCGGCGGCUCCGUCAACAAAGCCGCCUCCGCCGCCGCCGCCAGCAUGGACGCCCUCGUGCCGUGCAGCAACAGCUGCCGGAACGACAACCAGGAGAACUCCACGCAGGUCCCGGGCAUCGGCGCGUGCACGGUGGGGUCGUGCAGCGGCGCCGCCGGCACGGACGGCUGCUUGGCUCGUGCGGGGAGAGGUUUCUGCACGAGCUACACGAGCGGGAGCCCGAGCGACACGUGCGGCGGCGGGAGGGACAGCCAGCAGCUGACGCUCGAUUCUUGCGAGAGAGACUUCGGCGGCGGCGGCGUCACGCCUACCUCCCUCUGGUCGCCGGAAAACACCAGCUCCGGCGAUGAUUACACCAAGACCUCCGGCGAGGACCACGACACCGUUUUUCACAGUAGAUCACAGAGGCAGGCAGGAAAAAAAGGCAACAGAAAAUUGGGAAUAGGGAAAUCCUCAAUUUCAGCUAAAGUUAGGGCAGCUGCUAUUCAUAACCAGUCUGAGAGAAGAAGAAGGGACAAAAUUAAUGAAAGAAUGAAGACAUUGCAGAAGUUGGUCCCCAAUUCCAGCAAGACGGACAAAGCAUCCAUGUUGGAUGAAGUGAUAGAUUACAUGAAACAAUUGCAAGCACAAGUUCAUAUGAUUAGUAGGAUGAACUUACCAUCCAUGAUGAUGCCAUUAGCCAUGCAACAACAAUUUCAAAUGUCGAUGAUGAAUCCGGCUAUGGGCAUGGGUAUGGCCAUGCCUAUGCCGAUGCCCAUGCAUGGAAUGGGAGUCAUGGACAUCAAUGCCAUCGGCCGUGCCACCGGAAUGCCGCCCAUGAUGCCGCAGCCCGCAGCCGCCGCCGCAUUCAUGCCGAUGCCCUCGUGGGACGUCCAGCCUCCACCGCUCACGCCCGACUUCUUAUCCAACUUCUUUGCCACGCAGUCGCAACCAAUGACGGUCGACGGUUACACUAGACUGGCAGCUUUGUAUCAGCAAUUUCAACAAACGUCUGCAGGGAGUGGCUCAAAGAAAUGAUUUGGAAAAUGUUGAAUUAUGGAAAAUAAUUAAUAGCUAGAUAGCUGAUCAAACUAUUUUGUGAGGUUUGUUUCAUGUUUAAAUCGGGUUUGUUUUACAUCGACUUUGGUAAAGUUAUAUUGUUAAUGUAGGAGUUAAUUAGACUAGUAUGGAGCAUGAGAUGAGACUAGUAAUAUGUUUGAUUGAUAUGUAUUUUAUUAUAUAAUAUAUAAAUAUUAUGUGUGAUAAAA